AUACUUGAUAGCACGUGUUGCGGCGGUUCGCAUUUUACCAAUUUUAUUCUGGUUUAAUUUUAAAAAUUGAGUUAAAAACACAGUAAAUAUAGUUUAAUUUAUAUAAACAUGGCUAUGCUGGCGGAACCUCGACGCCGCAAGCGGUACAACUUGUGUCCGCGCGGUAAGGCGCUCUAUGAAGAUGAGAAUCGCUUUGGUACCAAAAUGCUGGAAAAGAUGGGCUGGACAAAGGGCAAUGGCCUGGGCGCCAAGCAGGAUGGUGAAAAGGACUUUGUUCGCAUUCGCUUCAAGAACGACGCCGAAGGAUUGGGUUUCGAGGCGAGGGAUGACCAGUGGACCACUCACGAGGAGGGAUUCAAUGGGCUUCUGAAAUCAUUGAAUGGCGAAGAAAAUGGGGCUAAUGGCAAGGAGUCGGAACCCGAAGAGGAAGCCAGACCCAUGGGAUUCGGCUUCAAAGCCGAGGAACCAGAGGAGCCAUCCAAGAAGAAACUUAAGGAGAACACCAGUGGCAUGUCGCUGGAGGAGAGGUCGAAACAAAGCAGGGCCCGAGUGCACUACAAGAAGUUCACACGCGGCAAGGACUUGUCCCAGUACAGCGAAAAGGAUUUGGCCAACAUAUUUGGCAAGAAGGCAACCGACGAUAUCGCUGCACCAGCGCCCGUGGUGAUUGAAGAGCCCAAGGAGGAAAAGAUAGUAGAUGCCAAUUUUGCUGGCGUGCAAACCGUAAGCACGGGACUUUCUGUCAGUGAUUAUUUCAAGCAUAAAAUGGAGGCCAUGAAAAACAGGCUGCAAAAACGAGGUGAGGAUAGUUCAACAAAGGUUCAAGACGAUACUGAGGCCCAAGCAAAUGGCCACGAGGAGAGGCUCGAGGAAACCGCAACAGAGAAUGGCCAAGAGCCCAGCAAAAAAAAGAAGAAAAAGAAGGACAAGGAAAGGAAUGUCGAGCCACCAGUUGCAGAGGAAGAAAUAGAGCAGACUGCUCCCAAACCUAAGAAAAAGAAGUCUAAACGGUCGUCUCAAGAUGAAACCGAGCCAACAGAGAUCCUCUGCGUUGAGGAAAAACUAGUAGAUAUCGACGAAUCGAACCCUCAAAAGCGAAAGAAAAAAAAGAAGAGCAAACGCGAAGAAAAUACAGAAGAUGUGACAGAAAUAAUUGAAGAGCCUGCCUUAAAAAAGAAGAAGUCUAAUGAAAAGGAAGAAACUGCAGAAAAUUCAAUAGUAGCCGAAGAAAAAGAAGAACAUGUCCCAAAAAAGAAGAAGUCCAAGAAGACUGAGUUGGUGGACUCUGAAGUAAUUAUAAUUGAGGAUGAUUUAGCAAAAGAUACAGAAUCUAAAACUUUAGAUGGAAAAGCUAGUAAAAGGAAAAGAAAAUCUCAAAUCGACGAAGAUGCCAACCAAACUGAGAUGUUAAACACUGAAAUAAUAGAAGAAACAUCUUCAAAAAAGAAAAAGAAGUCGAAGGAAGAAAAUAAAAGUGUUGAAACCGAUUUGAUCGAGCAAAAAGAAACACAGCCUACCGAAUCUGAAGCUAAUGAAAAAACCUCAAAAAAGAAAAGGAAAUCCAACAAUUAUAGGGAACCCGUACCUGAACUGCAGAUUCCAGAGCUCGCUGUAGCCGUAGAUGCGAUAGUCAAUAAUGAUGAAGAAGGGAAGCACAGGAACAACGUAAGUGCUGGCAGUAAAUCCUCCGGCGAUAAAAGCGAUCAGUCAGCGAAUCUGCCUAACGACCUCUUAUCACUGGAAGAGAUCAAAGAAAAACUAAAAUCAUUCAAUACUUGUAAAAUUUCUCAAUUUUGUGCAGAAAAAUUCCAAAUGUUCGACCUGAGUGCGUAUAAAAAUUCGACACUGAGCCAGAUCGUGGGCUAUGGGACCAGCGAUACCAUCGAGCUGGAGGUGACUAAUAAUAAGAUCGAUGAACUGCGAAUCCUUGAUCUUUGGAACAAUAAAUCCCUUACGGAAGCUAUGAAAUCUAAGCGGCACGCACGUUAUCCGAGGACGGUGAAGCGAACAACUCUUCGAGCAGUAAAAAAAAGGGUCGCAUUUCAAGGAAUUUAGUUCGAGCAAACGAAAUAUAAUUCAACAUAUUUCUUAUUAUGAUUGUUUUGUACAUAAACAACUUAAGUAGGUAGUUUGUAAGCUUCGUGGUUUACAUUUAAAUGUGUAACAAGAUAUUUAAUUAAACUGAACUAUACAUUUCAA